UACUGGUAAUUUAUAUUCAUGGGUGGAAGUGACACGGAAAAUCGGGUGGUUCGCCUGGGUAUAUAAAUGUUCGUCCUACUUCGAAAGUUAUCAGAUUGGCCGGACAGUGCGUCUAUGACCAAUCAGUCUUAUGGUUGACCGCAGUAAAAUUAAAGGAGAAAUAAACGUAAUAAAAGUCAAAAAAAUAAUAAUUUAAUUUUCGAGGACAGAGUAAUUUUCAAAAAUUUCAUUUCAAAAGUAAGCUAUUGAACAUCAACAAUCCAAGAUGGACAGAUUUUCGUCAAAUGUAUGGUUGUUGGUUACGAUUCUCUCAAUCGGAAGUCUACCAGAGGUGAAAGGCCACGGGAUGCUCUGGGAUCCACCCCAGAGGUCCACAGCUUGGCGGCGUGGGUAUCCACUUCCAGUUGAAGACCGGAACUACAACGACAAUGAACUAUUCUGUGGUGGCAGAACUGUCCAAUGGGAACAAAAUAAAGGGAAAUGUGGAGUAUGUGGUGACAAUUACGCUGAUGACAUCAAAGACAACGAAAGCAUAAACGGAAAAUACGUCAUCAACCGGAGCAUAACCGGAUAUUACGUCAGAGGUCAGACGAUUGAUGUCACGGUGAAGCUGACAGCCAAUCACAAGGGAUGGUGGGAGUUUAAAUUAUGUCCCCUAGAAAACUACAACACUGUCGUAACACAGGAGUGCUUGGACGAGCACAUUCUGACCUUCACCGACGUGGGAGAGACUCGGCUCUACCUGGCAGAUAAUGGAUUCACCGAGUCAAAGAGUUACAAGGUGAAACUUGAUCUGCCUGAUGACGUCACGUGUGAUAACUGUGUGCUUCAGUGGAAAUACUAUACUGGGAACAGUUGGGGAUGCAGCAUUAGUCCUGAUGGCGAAAAGGAGUGUUGUACCGGAUGCGGGGGUGGACAGGAGACUUUCCAAAACUGCGCGGAUAUAAAAAUUUCCGGUUCCGGUUCUCAGAGCACUUCCGGCCCGACAGAGAAGACCACCAAGUCAGCCACGUUGACCGCUCUUACUUCUGGAUCCACCUCAUGGGCGUCAACAACUACUGACAGUACAUAUACAACAGCACCACCACAAACUACGACUACAACAACAUCAACUACGUCGUCAGCAGCUUCAACUACUACUACUUCACCAACAGCACCAAGCGUUCCUUCAUCAACAGAUGACCGAACAACCCAACCAAGCUACAACAAAUCAUGUCACGCUAUUGGCGCUUAUUCAUCUCAGCCAGGAAUGAACCAAUGGUGCGUCACCAACUGCAACGCAACGCCAUCUUUCUGCCCGCUCACCUGGUGCGAAUGUGUUGAAGCUAAAACUACAACAAUGUCGCCGCCAGUUCCACCACGUGAUACCACAGACUGCCAUGCAAUUGGCUCUUUCGCCUCCCGUCUCGGCAUGGACCAAUGGUGCACGGACAACUGCAACGCCACACCAACCAACUGCCCUAACACCAUGUGCUCGUGUGCUGCAAAAUGAGGAGAAACCCAAGAACGCGUCAUGCUGCCAAGAGUAAUUUUGACAAUUUCUCCGGUAUUGCAUCUGCACGUCAUGAAAAUCGCGUUUAUAUUGGUUUUGUUUCCGGUACAUCUAUUUUGAUUGGUGAAGGGAUUUGUGUUCUUUAACUUUCUAUUUCGUUUAUACACGUUUUUUUCAAUUUAUGGUCAUUUUGAUUGAUCUUUGAUUUUGUGCAAUAUUGUGAAGCUUAACCAUACGGUCGCUUAAAGCUGCACCCUCACAGAUUGAACGUUCGUACAACUUAUUUAUUGUUCUUGGAACGAGCCAAAUUUCGCGAAAAUUCAUGGAAACCAGUUCUUUAAGACUGCUGACAAAAAAUCAGAUCGCAAAUUUUUAUAUUUAAGUUCAAAAAUUGAUGUUUAUGCAUUUUUCUUAAACCGUUAGUAACGCUUUAAGCCAUACAACAUCAAUUUUCGAACGGAAAUUUGAAAAUCUACGAUAUGAUUUUUGUCAGCAACCUUUUUUUCAUUGGUUUGCUGCUACUGCUACUGCUACUGCUACUGCUACUGCUGAUGCGGUUACUACUGCUACUUCUACUACAACAACAGCAACUACUACUACUACUACUACUACUACUACUACUACUACUACUACUACUACUACUACUACUACUACUACUACUACUACUACUACUACUACUACUCUACUACUACUACUACCACUACUACUAAUGAAACUAAAUUUAGUAUCAUUGAGUCAUUCAUAUCUUUAAAAGGAAAACUGUAAUUCACUUUUUGCCAGCUUGUGACUUAAUAAGACCGUUUGACUUAAAACUUAAAGACUUGACACAAUUCACAACUCAUUGUGUUGAACAAGAUUCAUAAAUCAUUUUAAAAUAUUUCACUCAAUGCAGAUACAUUUUUGGUGCAUAAAUCCGUAUUUGUUCUAGUGCAUGUAUUUUGGGCCCGAUAAAGAUCGAAGUAUCUAUCAAACAAAAGCGUCUCCAAUACACAUCACCAUACAAAAUGCAAUACAUUGCUAACCAUGCGUCGUGCAAUACCGUGCUAUUUAUUCUAUUUUAUUUCUUUGUUUCUUUUACAUAUUAUAUAAAAUUGUGUUUAAUAAAAUCUUCAAUAUAGCCAACUCAAA